AUGCCUUCAGAACCACAAGCCGCCCAAGAAAUGCACGACGCGGAGAGUGUCAUCAAGCGCAAUCCACAUGGCGAUUUCAACACAGUCCAGGAAUCCCGGCCGGAUUGGGACCAUGAACGAUCCUUUCAUUACACGAAGACCCUCAAGCCAGACUGGCAGUACGGGGCUGGUAGCAGCAAACCGUCUACCGCUUCACAUGUCGGCAUCGACCCAUACGAGGAAGGGAGACCGCCAGCACACAAUUACAAGCUUCUCAUUUCUGGCAUUAUUCCUCGUCCUGUCGGGUUCCUAAGCACCGUCUCGGCUGACGGAUCAUCGACGAACCUCGCUCCCUUCAGCUACACACAAGUUGUCAACCAUGAUCCGCCUAUCUUCAUCGUGGGGUUCUCGGGUGGAUUGGAUAAGGCCAAGGAUACUCUUCGCAACCUGAUGGACACGGGUGAGUGUGUCAUCAACAUCAUCUCGGAGGAUUUCAUUGAGGCAGCCAAUGCUUGCGCCAUUGAUCUCCCUUACGGCAAGUCGGAGUGGAGUGUGUCGGGAUUGACACCGGGCGAAACAUCUUUGGUGAAGCCGAAGCGCGUCAAAGAGAGUGUCUUCUCGAUUGAGGGAAAGUUACAGUCGACGCAAGAAUUUGAGAGCAGACAAACACCGGGCAAGAAGACUGGCGUAAUCGCCAUCAUAGAAGGGGUCAAGUUCUGGGUGCGGGAGGAUGCCAUCAACGAGGAAAAGAACUUGAUCGAUCCAGAGGUCCUGAGGCCCAUCGCGAGAUUGGGUGGAAUCACAUAUGCCAGGGUGACAGAUGGUUUCGAGUUUCCUAGACCGGUGCUGAAGGAGGAGGUCAACCAAGGAAAGCUCGACCAGGACAUCAUCAAGACCAAAGUUGAGGGUCAGUGA